CAUUGAUGGGUGAAUGUUGUUCACCCAGACCAACAACUCUCAUUCACCGGCAAACUAGAAACUAAAACCGAAGUCUCUUAGAUUAACCAGCUCUUGAAUUUUAACAUUUCGCUGGUUGGACAGUUUGACAUAGAAAAGUAUUUUCUGAACUGAAGUGGCGGGAUUGUUGUUCUGCAACAAAUGGAUACAGAAUUGAGGACUUUAUAAAAAAAAAUCAAACUCAUUUAUGAUGCGAUCUUGUGACGCUCGCCUGGUACUGGCUCGGUUUCGGCAUUAUGGAUGAAAGAGAUACAGAAGCGCUCAUCGGGAGCAAGACUGAAAGUGAUCGGGCUCCCCUGAGCGAUGGAGGAGGACACAUUGCUGCUAAAUUCACGCUUUACAAAAGGAGAUGGUUCAUCUUAUUUGUACUCUGCCUACUAAAUUGUUCCAACGCAGUGCUCUGGCUGACCUUUGCACCGGUGGCCGAUCAGACGGCAGAGUACCUGAAAGUCUCUUUGGAUCUUGUCAACUGGCUGUCCCUCGUCUAUAUGGUGGUGGCCAUUUUCUUCAGCUUCAUUACUACAUGGAUGUUGGACUCACUAGGUCUGCGUUUCUCGCUCAUCCUGGGCUCUUGGCUUAACAUGUUGGGCAGCGUUCUGCGUGUUGUUGGUGUCCUGAGCUGGAUCCCUCAAUGGGCCGUGUUUCCUAUGGUAAUGGGUGGCCAAACUCUGUGUGCCCUCGCCCAGCCUCUGGUUAUUUUUGCACCCACCAAACUGGCAGCACUGUGGUUUCCAGAUGACCAGAGGGCCACGGCGAACACGAUUGCCUCAAUGGCGAAUCCUCUCGGAAUGCUUUUUGCGAAUAUCUUCUCUCCCAUGAUAAUUCACUACAGCAGUAAUCUUCUUAUGCUGCUUAUUAUAUAUGCCAUACCUGCCACCAUUGCCUGUUUCCUAGCAACAGUGGGAAUUCGUGAACGGGUCCCCCCGACACCCCCCUCCGCCAGCGUGGUGACCUCCAGCACUGAACCUUUUCUUCAGGGUGUAAAACUGCUACUAAAGAACAAAGCGUACAUGAUCCUGCUGGUGUGUUUCGGGUCGGGGAUAGGAGUUUUCACUUGCUUUUACACGUUACUCGAGCAGAUUCUUUGCAUUAACGGCUACUCAAAUGACUUUGCAGGAGUGUGCGGUGCUUGUUCGAUUGUAUUUGGUGUUGCGGGCGCUGGCGUUCUUGGCCUGUAUGUGGACAAGACGAAACAUUUUACAGAAGUCACUAAAAUCAGCAUGUGCCUGACAUCGCUGGGCUGCAUCGCAUUUGCUGUGGUUUCCCAGCUCAGGGACAUGAAGGUUGCCGUCGGUACUGCGUGCGCGUGGUUCGGCCUGUUUGGGUGCUCCGUGUAUCCCAUCGCCAUGGAGCUUGGAGUCGAGUGUUCGUACCCUGUGGGUGAAGCAACGUCAUCUGGAUUGAUCUUCAUAUCUGGACAGAUUCAGUCUGUCAUCUAUAUGGUGCUUCUUCAAGCUCUGACCAAACCUCAGACAGAUUCGUCAGUAUCUGUAUGUGUUACUGGAGGGGAGGCCGACCUGAACUGGACAGUGCCAGCGCUGGUGAUGGCAGGCCUGUGUACUGUGGGCACCUGCUGCUUUGUGCUCUUUUUCCACACGGAUUACCGAAGACUGAGAGCAGAAGCUGCGGCAUCACCAAAGAAUGUGACGGACCGGACAAGAGAAGGAGACACCUGAGCAAACAGCACAGGUGCCUGAAGAGAUCCACCGGGCCAUGCUUUCAAUUGUUUACAUGAAAGUUAAUAACUAGAACCUGAUUAAGCACUUAAAUUUGUGCCUUUAAUGGUAAUGUUUUUUUGUAUUAUUAAUACUCUAUAUAAUUUGAGCUUGAAAUCAGGACCAUCAUGAUGGUUUGUUACAUACAAAUGAAUUUUGCACAAGUUUUUGACAUUUCAGUUAAAGGUAGUGGUGAGCGGGGUACAAACUAACGCAGGGUUAAUUGUAACACUGCUACUUUACAUAUUUAUACAAGGCCGAGCAAUCUGUGCUUUUAGGAUGAUCUCCUGUGAAUUUGUGAAAACUUUGAUGUGUUUUGGUUAAGAUAUUGAACAAAGAGUGUUUUGGAGGCAUAAAAGUAAAUUUCUUCAUCUUAUGUUUUUUUUCCUGAGUUGGGUGUGUAAGUCACCAAAUCCAACCUUAAAUUAUUUUAAUCACUGUCUUGUUACCUAAAACAAAACACCAUUUUUAAACAUGUCAGCAACACCUAGUAACUGAUUAUCUGGGAUUGAAAAAUUUUAUACAUAGCGGGGUUAGUUGUAACACAGUGUUACAAUUAAACCUUAGGUAUAAAAUGAUAAUGAAAUGAAAACAAUGUAAAUAUUAUUCAUAAAAAUAAUUUUUUUGGCUUAGUUGUGCAUCCUUUCAAAAAAAAAUAUAUUUCUAUGCAUUGUUGCUUUAUACAAGGAUGGUGAGAUGAAGGAUCAUGGAUGGAUGAAUGUGUGGAUAUCUAUCUAUUAUAGGCAGAUAAGUAUAUAGACAGAUUCAUUAUUUGUGUUUAAACUAAAUUUUCUAGCAGGUGUUACAAUAAACCCUCCUUUUGGUGUUAAGUUGUCACAUUCGCACUUCUUUCACUUUCAUUGUAAUUGUACAAUUAACGGUAGGUCAAACAAACUUUAUUUGUUCAUUUGUAGCAGAGAUGUGUGUGUUGAUUGUGUAAAAAAUUAUUAAUCUAACUUUUAAUAUUUUUUUAAUCAUGAGCCAAAGCGAAAAAGCGUUACUUGGUGCCCCGCUCUUCCCUAAAUUAUGUUGUUUUAUACCAGAGCAUUUACACCAAAAGGUACAAACUUUUAACCAAGUACAAUUUUUUAUGCCUUUUUAUAUCUAAAUAGUAUCUUUCUUGCUUUUAAAAAUGACAAUUAAUUGUGGUUUUGGUACCUGUUAUUUAAAUGUAAGUUUUAUUUAUAAUGCUGUUGAUUUUAUGAAACUGACAAAAAUAUAAAGUUAGGUUCAAUAGUACAUCAAAUUUAUAAUGGAAAUAGUUUUAAGUUGUUGUGUUUUAAAGCAUCGUAACAUAAAUAAGAAUUAAAUUCUAUAUGAAAUAUUCUUGUAUUCGUUUUAUUUUCUUUUAAGGGGGUACUUUUUGCUAAUCACAUUAACCAACAAAUAUGUGCUUCUGAACCACAAAACCAUAAGCAGCACAGGUAUAUUUGUGACGGUAAUAGCCAACAAAACAUUGUAUGGGUCAAAAUUACUAAAAGGUUUUAAUGCCAAAAAUUAUUAGGAUAUUAAAGGAAAGUUUUGUAAAAAUCUUGUAAAUUUCCUACACUCAAAAAAAGUAUUAAUUGGAUUAAGUCAAUAAAAUUGUGGGCAGGAUUUCCAUCCAAUAUGAAUGUGUACCCGUAACUCAUAAAAACUGCUUUACACAAUAAAAAUAUAUUGUGUUAGUCCAACUCAAUUUAAAGUAAAUGGCAAUAUUCAAUUAGUUGCCUCAACUCAAUUUAGUGUAGUCUGAAUAACUCGAUUUAGCGUAGUUUGAAUAACUCAAUGUAGUGUAGUCUGAAUAACUCAAUUCAGAAAUAUUUAUUUUAUAUAAAACAUUUUUAUAUCAUACUAAUUAGCAUGAGCACAUGUUAGCAUGCUAAUAAUAAUGACAUAUGAUACUUUGGAUGAGCAUGUGAGAAGAGUCUGAUCUCCAAACAGGCAUUAACCCAGUUAGUGCUCAUUGAGAGAAAUACGUCACAUCCACAACCAGUGUUGGGGAAGUUACUUUAAAAAAGUAGUGUUUGCUCGUUACUCGUUACUUUUAAAAAAAGUAAUCCAUUACUUUACUUAGUUACCGCCUUUGGAAAGUAACUUUUUACGUUACUCGUUACUUUUACGUUACUUUUAUGUUGCCUGUAUUUUGAAAAUAUUUUGGAAACACACACAAACACACGAACACAUACACACAAUACCCUGUUACUCAGGCAUUUGAUCUUGACAUUGUUAAAAUCUUG